CAACAACAACGACAACAGAACAAAUCAGUAGCAUUUGCAAUCCGAACGAAUGUCGCGUACCUGGGAAGUGAUGAUGACGAUCCACCUAUGCCUGGAUACGUCAUCUCAUUCCAAGUUAAGGAUUUCAUACACAUCAAAGAGAAAUACAAUAAUGAAUGGUGGAUUGGUCGACUUGUUAAGGAGGGGUGUCAGGUUGGUUUUGUUCCUAGUCCAUCCAAACUCCAGUCAAUACUGCAGAAUCAAGCCAAGUUACAAGCUUUAAAGUUUGUGGGCAAUGAAAACGGUUCAAAUGGUUUCAACAAUAGCAGCAACAACAACAAUUUAUACAACAACAACAUGAACAGUUCCUCUACUGAAAAGAUUAGUAAGAAGAAACUCUUCUUCAAAAAGUCGACAAACAUUCCCCCUUAUGAAGUUGUCCCUGCCAUGAGGCCGAUCGUCCUGAUUGGUCCGUCUCUGAAAGGUUACGAGGUCACCGACAUGAUGCAGAAGGCCCUUUUCGAUUUUCUCAAGAAGAAAUUUGAUAACAGAAUAAUUACAAUGCGAGUGACCACGGACAUCUCCUUAGUGAAGCGUUCCUCGACGUCGUCGUCAUCUGCCUCAACGACGGCAGCCUGCGCUGGCAUAGUGGAGAAGAAGUACCAUCACUACCACCACCAUCUGGAACGAUCGAGCAGUCGAAACGCGUCGGGAUUGGAUGAAGUGCAACUGGAGAUUGAGAGGAUAUUCGAGUUGUCGCGUUCCAUGAAUCUCCUUCUUCUAGACUGUGACACCAUCAACCAUCCAUCGCAGCUGUCUAAGUCCCCACUGGCUCCCAUUCUCGUCCACCUCAAAAUUACUUCUCUUAAGGUACUGCAAAAGUUGGUUCGCACAAGAGGCAAGCAGCAGAACAGGAGUCUCAAUGUUCAACUUGCCGCUGCCGAACGACUCAGUCAGUGUGGACCUGACACAUUUGAUGUUGUGUUGGAUGAGAACUUGUUGGAUGAUGCAUGCGAACAUCUGGCUGAGUAUCUAGAGGCUUACUGGAAUGCUGCCCAUUACAAAUCAGGUCAGUCUCUUGUUGUCAUCUCUUGGCUCAAUCUUUCAUUCGCUUUUUCUAAGUUUACAUGUGAAUGUAUAUUGAUUGUGUCUUAUGUUUGGACAUUGAAUAUUACGUAUGCGUUGUUUCUAUUUCUAAUGAUUCGUUACUGUUAG